AUGGCUUCAGAAGGAAAAUUGUUAUUUGAUCUUAAUGAACUUCCUACAGAAGAUGAUGAUGUGAGUGAUCAUGUAAACCGCGAUCAGCCACAGAACGCUAUUCCAUCUACAAACGCCAAUAACUCUGGCUUGCUUGCAACACCAUCGUUCUCCCAAGAUAACGUAAACAACCGAUUGUUCUUGCAUGCAUCAACAGUUUCUGGUUUUCAGCCUUUUGUCCGCCCUAUAGCUGCUCAACAUACGGAUGUAGCAAGUGACGAGGAAGCACAAGUUGCAUCAUCAAUGGUUCCAAAUGAUGCCGGAGCACCUGAGAGAGAAGAAGGGGAAUUGACAGAAUCGGAGGUUCCUGCCAAUGAAAAUGUACAUACUAGUUCCGAUAGCAAUGUGGGGUUGCGAGAAAAUGGUGUCUCUUCUGAUUAUUCUAAUAGCGCAAUAGGAUCAGAUGGCAUUGCUAGAGAUGGUGCAUCUAUAGAUGGUCUGCAAGAGCAGGGUUCGACGGUGAGGCAGAGAGAACCUAGAGGAGCUGAAGCAAGUCAUGCUCUCAGGUACGCAAAUACCACUGUGAAAAGGAAGUUUGAUCAACAGAAAGAGACUAUGUUGGGAAAGAAACGCAACAGGCAGACCGUGUUUCUUAGUCCGGAAGAUCUCAAGCAAGCUGGUCCUAUGAAGACAACAACGCCUAAAAGGCAGAAUUUCCCACAACCUGUUGUCACACGCACAGUUAGAGAACCUCGUGCAGGUUCUACACCUGCUGAGCAAGGAGGCGGCGCUCCAGGGCAUGUUGUAUAUAGGGAUCAGAAACCAAAUGACAUACCUAAUGGUGGCAUACAUCCUGAAACUUCUGAACAGAAGUUAGAGUCUAAUGGUGAAACACAAUCCGGAAUGGGCGGUAAACCUAGGAGGAUGAACGGGGAUGCAGGAUCUUCUGUUGAAGGGACAUCGACAUCUGUGUCAAGGCAGGGUUCAUUGAAGCAGCCAACUGUUUCACGGCAGUCAAAUAGACAAGUCUCCUUGGGCAAUCAAAGCUCUGCAGACUCAAAGUUUGGAAACAAGAAAUUUCCUUCGUUCAAGAAGUCAGCCCCAAAUAGUAACCAAUACCAAGAUACAUCUGUGGAGCGUCUUAUACGAGAGGUGACCAACGAAAAGUUCUGGCAUCAUCCAGAGGAUGCUGAGCUCCAGUCUGUUCCUGAGCGGUUUGAAUCCAUGGAUGACUAUGUUAGAGUGUUUGAGCCUCUACUUUUUGAGGAGUGCCGGGCACAACUUUAUAGUACUUGGGAAGAAUUGUCUGAGGCAAAUUCAUACAUGAAGGUCAGAAUAAAGUCAGUACUUCCAAGAGAAAGAGGAUGGUAUGAUGUGAUACUUCUCUCAGUAAAUGAAUGUAAGUGGGCUUUUAAGGAGGGCGAUGUUUCAGUUCUUUCAAAUCCUGCGCCUGAAGAAGGAGAGCAUGAGGAUGCUGGACGUGUAGCUGGUACAGUUAGGAGAUAUAUACCAGUUGAUACUCGAGAUCCUCAUGGAGCAAUUCUCCAUUUCUAUGUUGGAGACUCUUUUGACUCCAGCAAGAUUGACGAUAAUCAUGUUUUACGGAAGCUUAAACCGAAGGAUAUCUGGCAUAUGACAGUGCUUGGUUCACUUGCAACAACACAGAGAGAAUAUGUUGCUCUGCAUGCGUUUUCCCAGCUUAACCCACAGAUGCAAAAUGCAAUUCUCAGGCCCAGCCCAGAGCAGUUUCCUAACUACGAGGUGCAGACUCCUACAGUGCCCGAUUGUUUUACUCCGAGCUUCGUUGGCCAUUUACAUAGAAGCUUUAAUGAGCCACAGUUAGCAGCAAUCCACUGGGCUGCAAUGCAUACAGCAGCUGGUACGAGCAGUGGGGCGAAGAGGCAAGAUCCAUGGCCAUUUACUCUUGUUCAGGGACCUCCAGGAACAGGCAAGACACACACAGUUUGGGGAAUGCUGAAUGUUAUCCAUUUGGUUCAGUAUCAGCAGUAUUACACUUCCUUACUGAAGAAAUUAGCUCCUGAAAGUUAUAAACAAGUUAAUGAGAGCGGUUCAGAUAAUAUUGUAUCAGGGUCUAUUGAUGAGGUCCUUCAAAACAUGGACCAGAAUCUGUUUCGCACACUGCCAAAACUGUGUGCUAAACCAAGGAUGCUCGUUUGUGCUCCUUCGAAUGCUGCAACCGAUGAACUUCUCUCACGUGUCCUUGAUCGUGGCUUCAUUGAUGGGGAGAUGAGGGUUUAUCGCCCUGAUGUGGCUCGAGUUGGUGUUGAUACUCAAACGAGAGCUGCUCAAGCAGUUUCUGUGGAGCGAAGAAGUGAUCAGCUAUUAGCUAAGUCCCGCGAUGAAAUUCUAGGACACAUGCACAACCUCAGAUUACGAGAAGCUCAGCUAUCUCAAGAUAUUGCUGGACUUAAAAGGGAACUUACUGCUGCAGCCUUUGUUAACCGUUCUCAGGGAUCCGUUGGCGUUGACCCUGAUGUUCUGAUGGUUAGAGACCAGACCAGAGACGCAUUGUUACAGCGCCUUUCUGCUGUUGUUGAAGCCAGAGAUAAAGAUCUUGUUGAAAUGUCUCGCCUUCUUAUUGUUGAAGGAAAGUUUCGUGCUGGUUACAGUUUUAAUCUAGAAGAAGCUCGUGCAAGUCUUGAGGCAAGUUUCGCGAACGAGGCCGAAAUCGUGUUUACAACCGUCUCAAGCAGUGGUCGUAAACUGUUUUCUCGUCUUACGCAUGGCUUCGAUAUGGUGGUCAUCGAUGAGGCUGCUCAAGCUAGUGAGGUUGGAGUUCUUCCUCCCCUUGCUCUCGGUGCUGCAAGAUGUGUACUUGUCGGUGAUCCUCAGCAGCUUCCUGCUACAGUUAUUAGCAAAGCCGCUGGAACACUUUUAUACAGUCGAAGUCUCUUUGAAAGGUUUCAGUUAGCAGGUUGCCGAACUCUCUUGUUAACUGUUCAGUAUAGGAUGCAUCCUCAGAUACGCGAUUUCCCUUCAAGAUACUUCUAUCAAGGACGUCUCACGGACAGUGAAAGUGUUUCCACUGCUCCUGAUGAGAUUUACUACAAAGACUCUGUGCUUAAGCCUUACCUUUUCUUUGAUAUCAGCCAUGGACGGGAAUCCCAUAGAGGUGGAUCGGUGUCUUACGAAAACAUUGAUGAAGCUCGCUUCUGUGUUGGGAUCUACAUGCAUCUUCAGAGAACUCUGAAGUCAUUGGGUGGGGGUAAAGUCUCGGUUGGUGUGAUAACCCCAUACAAACUGCAGCUGAAGUGCCUGAAAAUCGAGUUUGGUAAUGCUUUGGGCCAAGAUGAGCUCAAAGAGAUUUACAUCAAUACUGUAGACGCGUUUCAGGGUCAAGAACGUGAUGUCAUAAUCAUGUCGUGUGUUCGUGCUUCCAAUCACGGUGUGGGCUUUGUUUCUGAUAUCCGGCGGAUGAAUGUUGCUCUCACCCGCGCUAAAAGGGCUCUUUGGGUGAUGGGAAAUGCAUCUGCUCUGAUGAAGUGUGAGGAUUGGGCAGCACUGAUCACAGACGCGAGAGCAAGGAACUGUUUUAUGGAGAUGGAGUCUCUUCCCAAGGAUUUUCUGGUUCCAAAGGUACCUAGCUUUAUCCCAAAAGCGCCGAACGCUAGAGGUUUCAGAUCGGGUGGGCCGAGAACCAGAGCCAUCGAUUUGCACAGUGAGUCCAGGUCAGGGACACCAUCCGAAGAGGACGAGAAGCUGAGCGUAACAACAUUUCAAAGAAAUGGAAAUCCUCGAAGGGAGAAUUCAGUUGAUGAUUCUGAUCAGUCCGGAGAUAGAUAUAGAGAUGCUUGGCAACAUGGGAUUCAAAGGAGGCAGAAUUUUGGACGGCCUUUAGGGAGAAGAGACUAA